AUGCUACCUUUGCAAUAUCUCUGGCCCACUGUGGUGGCCCUGGGCUUUUUGGUCAAUCGAUCUCAAGCUGAAGAUGUUCUCAUUGGCUACCGAACAGUCUCCGAGGCUGAAGCCCUGCUCAUCAAUGCCAACAAUAAGCCCUUCAGAGAUAAAGCCUUUGACGACGUUCAAGGGCUCAACCAAAUCGGAAAUGGUAUUUACCUAGUAAACACUAAUGGUGGCUGGAAGGGUCGGAAACAUCAGACCAAGUGGUACUGUUACUUUUUAGCCGAUCAAGAGCGGCUCAACAAAACAGAGAAAGUAUGGGUUCCAAAAUCGUACAAGAAAACGGGCUUCUUUCGCAGCAAGACCACAAGAAUCUGGUUCGAGGGCGAGGCAGUCGUUGCAAAGUAUGUCAAGAAAAUCGUCAAAGACGCUAACAACGCAAUCCGCUUCUCGUGGCUCUACGAGCCCGACCUGGACAUGGAAAUGCUCAUUCCAACCGAGAUGGUCAACAAUGAUGCCUUGGGCCUAUACGCCCAGUGCUCUCAAAACAGGCUGGAGCUGAGCUACACCGAAGUCGUCGAUUGGUCGAGUUGGGCUAUUGCCGGAGAUUCUGGACCUUAUGAUUAUGCUACACUAUUUGUAUAG